GGGGAAGGGCACAAUAAUUAUUACUCUCUAUACAACAGCCUGGUUGCAUGCACGUGUGCCUCGAAUGCAACAAUGACAACACACACGCACGCUUCGAACCACAGCCGCCUAUGACCUGCCCUUGGUGACAGGUCUGCUUAUUAGUGUUUAGUGGGAAAUCAUGAAAUGGAUUUGGCAAAAUGCUGCGAUUACCAACUUUCAUAUAAAGAUAUCCUGAUGCGAAUUCCUCUCAACAACAACAAAUUCAUUGCACAUUAAUUUUUUCUAGCACAGGCUAACCACACAAUGCGUCAGCAAGUGUUUCCGAGCAGAUUCAUUGUCCUUAUAUCUCCACAUAAAUGCUUCAUAACGAAUUUAAGGGCGGUCAUCAUAAAAUUGACUGCUUGGACUAUUUCAGGAUCGGUUACUGUUUCAACACUAUCAGGUGAGCAAAAAAAUGCUCUGAAGUCUUCUACGUACGUGUGUGCCCACCAGUUACUGUAUAUAAUCCCCAGAAAUGCCGUUUUCAUGCUGCAUUGUGAAUAUAACUGAAUCGAACCCCCACCUCCCAGCGUGUGUGUGCGCGUUCAUGUGAAUCUAAGCAGACGGGCAGUAGGAUGUAAGCUUCUUAACUGAGCGCUGACUCAGGACACAUGCAGUUUUGCUGCUCUGAAACAGACACACAAGCCAUGGUAAUUUUUCUUUUUUAAGAGCGUGUGAUAGUGAGAAGCAAACAGCCUGAAAAUGUUCAUUGAACUUCGCCUGCAACAGAACAAUUUGGUAUAAUGAGGGACAUGCUUUGCCAUCAUCCUCCUCCUCCUCACCAAGAGCUUGCAGCUGUAAACAUGCCGUUUCUUCUGUGUCACGCAUGUUGAAAAUGCUAAUAAACCAGAUGGAAAUGAUGAUAAUUAAGUUAACACAAUAUUAUCCUACUGGUCAAAUAGUUACUUGUUGGAUAAGUUGUUGUUUUUCAGGUAUACAGAGUCUCAUUAGUGCUGAUCAGAAAGCGGAGGCAUCACUGACUAAUCCAAUUUGAAACCCUGCGGUCAAUUUUGCAGCCCUCGCUGUGGAAACAAAAGGAAGCGUAUCCCGCUGACAAUGAGAGGACUAAUGUUCCAGAUUUUGGCAGUCAUGAUGCUCAUGUAUGCUCAAGGUGAGGAAGAAGAGCAGCUGGAGCAGAUGAUGGAGGCGGCGGGGCUUGAGGCGCUGGAGGAACCACUGCAGUGUUUCCGCUGUGAUCUGGGCUUCUGGGACGCAUGCUACACAACGGAAACCAACUGCAGCCUCGGGGACCGAUGCUUCACGGGCCGCGGGAAGGCUGUUGAUGUCCUGGAUGUAAAGACACUUGGCUGUGUAAAAGCAGAGGAGUGCAACCUGGAGACCACCGUGGAGCUCUUCUACAACAGCACCGUCUUCGUCAUGAACAAACACUGCUGCGACACCCCCUUCUGCAAUGCUGCAUUGCAACCCAGAGCUGACACAAUUUUGUGCAUCGCUGUAGUGUUCCUGAUAUCCUGGCACAUUACAGGGGCCCCGACACACUGA